AUGCUCGUCAUGUGGCCGCGACUCAAGCAAUGGCUAUCGGCCUGGCCUUCUCGCCUAGUCUUCCGUUACCUCAGCACGGCAUUCAUCGUAUGCUUCGCGAUCACAAACUACCUACUAUGGACCAGCAGCCAGGGCUGGGACGUUACCGAACCAAAGGGGCCCGUCACCAUAGGCCCCAAGCACCCGAUCAAGAAGCUCAUGGCCGACGCUCGCGCACGCCAUGAGACCCUUCUUACAAAGCGCAGUUACAACCUCCAUGACGCCGCCGAACGGUAUCGCAUCCGUCGCGGCCGUCACCCACCUCCAGGCUUCGACAAGUGGAUCGAGGCCGCCAUGGCCUCGGAUGCCGUCAUUGUCGAGGACUACUUUGAUCGCAUAUACAAGGACUUGACUCCAUACUGGGCGCUCGACCCUCAAACCCUCGCUCGACGCGCAUCUGCCUGGCACUGGGUCGUCAAGGUUCGCAACGGCGAGGCCACCGGCGUGGGCGAUACCAAAGACCGCGUCCCAUGGCUCCAACUAUGGACCGACCUUGUCAAAGACUUUGCCAAGGAAUUGCCCGACGUUGACAUGCCAAUUAAUUACAUGGACGAACCUCGCCUUCUCGUCCCGUUUGAAGAGCUCUCCAAGCUUGUGGAUCAGGAGGGCAGCAACCGGCGCAUGCCUCCGGUAAAGGAGGUCAUGACCGAGUUCAAGAGCCUUGCCAAACUAGAUGCCGAGAAGCCUCAGCCGUACGACCCAACGUGGUACAAUAGCUCACACAACUACUGGGAGCUUGCUCGUGUGACGUGUGACCCCAACACUCCAUCUCGCAAUGCUCAGCAAGUCUCCGAUCUCAAAGGUCCCGUCGACUACCCCACAGACUGGAACGCCCCUUACGCCUACAAGGGCUAUAUCAAGAACUGGACUGCCGCUCAGGACCCUUGCCUGCAACCGCAUCUUCGCCAGAUGCAUGGUAGCUUCGUCCAGCCUCUUAGUCUGUCCACCUCCAAGGAGCUGGUUCCCAUGUUUGGCGGAUCCAAGCUCCCCAUGAACAACGAGAUGCUUAUCCCCGGAGCCAUGUAUCUUACCGACAAUGAGUUCUACUCUGGAGGUGAAAAGAUGGGACCUGCAUGGCAUGCCAAGAAGACGGGCAUUGUCUGGCGAGGCGAUGCUUCUGGCGGUCGAGCCACGGCCGAUAAAUGGCAUCGCUUCCACCGCCAUCGGCUCAUGCAGAUGCUCAACGGCACAUAUGUCGACAGCGUCGAGAAUGGCGGUGUGAAGCCAAAGACUUUCCAGUUGCCAUCACACGAUCAGUACAACAGCACCCAUCGCUCUUCUAAAACGAUUGGCAAGUGGCUCGAGAAGUUUGCCAACUGCGGCUUCGCUCGCAUGCUUUGCGAUGAUCGUUGCGGCCAUCUUACCCCCUACUUCCAUGAAGUCAAGUACAUGCCCAUGAAGGAGCAGUAUAAAUACAAGUUCCUCCCCGACACCGACGGCAACUCGUUCAGCGCUCGAUUCCGUGGUUUCUUGCGCUCCUCGAGUAUGCCACUCAAGGCCACUGUCUAUGCUGAGUGGCACGACGACCGUCUGACCCCAUGGGUUCACUUUGUGCCAUUCGACAACACGUUCCAGGACCUUUACGCCAUUCUCGAGUUCUUCACCGAUGACGCGGCUGGCGGCGACACCGCUGCUCGUUACAUCGCUGAGAAGGGCAAGGAGUGGGCUGGACAGGUUUUGCGGCGUGAAGACAUGGCACUCUACACCUGGCGUCUACUACUCGAGUGGGCGCGAGUCUGCGACGAAGAUCGCGAAAGAUUAGGGUUCAUCAAGGACCUGGUGGAAUCUCAUCGAUGA